AUGGCGACCGACCCCGCAACCGAAGUGAAGAAGCCGGCCCGGCUGCCCUCGCCGACGCACCACGUCAUCGUCAAGCUCGAGACGAUACACGUGGCCCUCCCCGACGUCGACAUGGGCUCCGUGACGCACGAGGUCAUCGGCUACGAGUACACGCGGCCCUCGGAGGCCGGUGUCGUGGCCGCGAGGGCGUGGCCCGCGAGCGUGCUCAUCACGACGACUGUGCCAGUCAACAAGGACACGCUCGGGGAGGCACCAUACCUGAAGUGCGUCAUCACAGAGACGACGGGGACGGAUCACAUUGAUCUGGAGGAGUGCAGACGGCGCGGGAUCACCGUCAUGUACUCUCCCCACGCGACGGUCGAGGCCGUGUCCGAGCACGCCCUUGGCCUGUACUUCUCUGCACGCAGGCGUCUCGUCACCCUGCAUAACACAAUGAUGGACCACGACCGCGCGCGCACAAACCCCUGGCGCGCCAAGGGAAGCAUGUCCUCCCUCCUCUUCGACGCCGAGGGCCGCCCGCCGCACACCUGCGGUAACGAGGUUGCGGGCGUGAUCGGCUACGGGCCUAUCGGGCAGCGCCUUGCCAAGCUGUGCGGCGCGCUGGGCAUGGAGGUCCUCGUUGCCGCACGCAAGGACGCCGCCGCCGCCGCCGCCAUCCCCCGUGUCCCCUUCGACGAGGUCCUCCGCCGAGCCACGGUGCUCUUCCUCGUCGUGCCCCUGACGCCGGACACGAGAGACCUCAUCUCGGGGCGGGAGCUGGCGCUGAUGCGUUCCGACGCCGUGGUGGUCAACGUCGGGCGCGGCGGGACCGUCAACGAGGCAGCGCUACUGGCGGCGCUCAGAGCCGGCGGGAUCGCGGGCGCAGCGACCGACGUGUUCGAGGUCGAGCCGGCGGGCAGCGGACGGGACAGCGUACUGCUGGGUGAGGACGCGCGGGGCGUCAACCUGACGCUGACGCCGCACCUCGCGUGGUGCGCUGAUCAGACAAGGGUGAACAUCCGGAGGGUGGUGGGGGAGAACAUUACUCUAUUCGCGAGGGGUGAGAAGGGGAAUAACGUCAUGCUGGAUAUGAGGUGA